AUGGGCGAAUCGUUUGACAUACAAAACCUCCUCCAGACGGGGUACUUCACAACUUCUCGAGCCAAGAGUCCGAAGCCGUAUGAUCACCAAGAUCCUACCAAAGAAUCACUACUUACGCAGAAAAACAGUCCACUAUCGCCAAAGCUAGAUGAUCGUCCUUCCUCUCAACCCCCACCGUCGCAGCAGCCGCCAUAUCAGCUACCUUACUACCCUUUAAUACCACGGCCACGGUCCGCCGCACCGGCACGAGUACCAAGAGUUAGACCGCCGCCCCCAUCUGUUGAAGAUGAGGAGGUUUCCCUCAAGCGAGAGCAUGGUGUGUGCCUCGCAAAGCAUCAGGAAGAAGAGCCUCCAUCUCGUGGAGAUGUUGAACAGAACCCUAUGAUAAUGGAAGUUCAUGAAUAUAAUCCAGAGCGGCGGUUUGUCAUUCUGACAGGAUCAUCAAGCGGCUCAGAGGGUGGUGAAACAGAAACGAGGGCUGGGUCGGACAGGAGACGUGAGACCGAGAGAAGGGGAGAAGAAGACCGACGCUAUGAGCCAAGCAGGAGACCUGAACAAGAGCGAAGGACUGAACCAGGAAGAAGAUCUGAACCUGACAGGAGGAACGAAAUAAAAACUCCUCGUCCUGACCGGUUCGAGAAACCCCAAAGGAACGAGCGACUCGAGCGACAAGACAGGCCAUCGGGUGACGCUUACACGGACACGAGAUCCAGCCGGAGAUACGACACUACCCUCAAGGCUGAUGCAACAACGAGCAGGGAACGUAGUCGGCCACCCUUGGAAAAGCGACGCAGUAGGCAGGAUCUCCCUCGACUCGAAACCGAAUUCAGAGACGACCAACUGCCUGAAAAAUACCGUACUCGCCCUUCAGCCCCCGCCAGCGGACGACAUGAUCAGCCCCCUGCACGACCCCCAAAGAUUCCUCUUGAUCCUCAGCUUGCUCCUGAGGUUAUUAAGAGUAGCGCCAGCGGACGGGAUCAAGCGUACUAUGGACAGUCGCAGACUGCUUCUCGUAGGUCUCCUACUCGGCCAGGGCAUGUGUCAAGCGCACCGAAUGAGCGACGAUAUGAUAAUGGGCACACUCGUAACUCUUCAACCGCUUCCAACUCAAAGCGUACAAAUAUCGAGUCUGAGAAACCUACACGCCCUCUUUCAAAAGAGCGGGCUGGAGAUGCAUCAGCUCGCCCCCUUUCCAAGGAGCGUGAUGAUCAGCCUGCCCGUCCACUUUCAAAAGAUAGAGUUGGAACUGAACCCUCUUACCGGGGCGAGUACGUACCAAGAAGUACCAAGAAAGAUAGAUCCCCUUCCUAUGGGAAGACUGAUCGUGAAGAUUAUGGAAGAUCAUCGACAUAUCCUCCUCGUGAGCCAACAUGGGAACCAACAACGCGACGUGAUGACCGUCGUGAUGAUCGGGCCGACGACAAUCGCUCUGGUGACGAUCAUCCAAAGGGUCCACGAGAACUUCAUCCGAGACGUAAGAAGUCUGUCGUGUUGCAGGAUGAACGUGAUUCUCAGCCAAAGCUGGAAAAAGUCGAUGCACCAAGUGGUCCCAGAUUGAGACCACGAGGACCUACGAUGCCUAUUCCAGUCGCUAUACCUACUGGUUCGACAGUCUCGGAUGAUUUUACUCAAAACUUACGGCCUGCGUCAACAUUUCCAGUUGCUCGAGAUGAGCAUGUUCUUCCAGAGAGGCCUAAAAAUGAGCUUCCAUACCCCGUGGAUGAAGACACUUUGAUCGACCCCUUCGAUACCCGCGGCAAGUCUGAAAGAAUUGGUAGGCCACGAUCCCAAUACGAGCCAGACCCAAUUAUAGCAAUGCCCGAGAUGCCGACACCUAUUGCCAUUGGCCCUGAAACACCACUUGAAGCUAGGCCAGCGUCAGCUAUUCCGUCUGCUACUCGCCCUCCAGCUUCUUCGCAGUCAUGGCAACCUCCAACAUUUGAUCCCAAUCGAGAUGGCGUUCGCCUUGAGAAACCGGUGGGGUCUGUUAGGCGUCACUCGGAACAUCAGGAAGCGACAGGUGUAACCACGUUUCCCGAGUGCCGCCGCAAGCACCCCGUCGCAGGUUUGGUGGACUGGCUUACACUGCCUCGUACAGAGUUCAACAUUUGCCCUGAUUGUUAUGGUUCUGUCUUUGCCAAAACCGAAUACCGAAAGCCAUUUCAACCAAUGCUUCGCCCCUCGGCUCAAGCGAUUGCAUGCGAUUUUGGCGUUGGACCAUGGUAUCGCAUUGCUUGGCUCCUCACCUUAAAAAAUGAACUACCGGAUUUACGACUCUUUCAUGAGGUUGCUAAAGCCAUAUCCAUCACUUACAGCCUUCCGUGCCCUGGUGAUAGAGUCACCACACGCAAUUGGCUGACACUCUGGAACCCAUACACUCGACAGCCUGUAUACGAUUUUACCAUAUGUCCCCAAUGCGCUCAAAUUAUCCAGGCACUGUUCCCCAAUUUGACUGGCAUUUUUAUUCCUCUGGACUCCCGCUCAGAACCUACUAGGGGGCUAUGCGCCAUGCGUUUUAAGCCAAAAAGGAAGCGUUUCGUCAUGUACUUUGAUGCCAUGGAAACGACUUCAGAUCAAGCUCGUCUGGAACAAGAAGAGCCAGACCUGAACACUCUUGCACAAGAAGUUGAGAAGAUGGCCGCAGUGAGCGAGUGUCAAGAGGAUAAGCCCAUCACCAACGGAUACUGGCAUAUCAUGCAAUACCUCCGGCAGUUCUCUGUCUGUGGCGAAUGUUUCGAUGAGGUUGUCAGGCCAUUGAUCAAAGACGAUAAUGUUAUCGCUCGCAACUUCUAUAUGAAGCCACAAAAGCUGCCACUUGCAACCUGCCAACUCUACUCUAAUCGAAUGAGAGAGAUUUUUAGAAAGGCAUGCCGGUGGAACGAUCCUAAAUACUUAGAGGCUAAGGUACUUGAGAGGAUGGACGUCGAGGCCAUGAUUCACGAGAAGCUGGCCAAGCUGGAUAGGGCCAAACAUGAAGACGAGGAUUGGGUUGAAGAACAGGUAGAUAACCUCGCAACCUCCCACUCCAUCACCAAUUUCGACGCCGCACGACCCGAGGUCCAAGUCUCAACCUUCGCAAUGGCUUCGCGACCUACCGUCUCUAUCAUCGGCAAAGAUGGUGCUCCCACUGGAGCUACCCACGCCAUUCCCGCCGUCUUCACCAGCCCGAUCCGACCGGACAUUGUCCAGCAGGUUCACACCGGUAUCGCUAAGAACAAGCGACAGCCAUAUGCUGUGAGCGAGAAGGCCGGUCACCAGACCUCUGCCGAGUCUUGGGGAACUGGUCGUGCCGUCGCCCGUAUCCCCCGUGUCUCCGGUGGUGGUACUCACCGCGCUGGUCAGGCUGCCUUCGGUAACAUGUGUCGUUCCGGUCGCAUGUUCGCCCCUACCAAGAUCUGGCGCAAGUGGCACAUCAAGGUCAACCAGGGCCAGAAGCGAUACGCCGUCGUCUCUGCUCUCGCUGCCUCCGCUGCCGUUCCCCUGCUCCAGGCCCGUGGCCACCAGGUCAACUCCGUCCCUGAGGUUCCUCUGGUUGUCGACUCCGCCGUCUUCGAGGGUGCUGCCAUUGCCAAGACCGCUGCUGCUCUCGGCCUCUUGAAGGCUGUUGGCGCUGGUGCCGAUGUUGAGAAGGUCAAGAACUCCAAGAAGCUCCGUGCUGGUAAGGGCAAGCUCCGUGGCCGACGCCACCGCCAGCGACGUGGUCCUCUUGUCAUCUACGACCCCGAGACCGACGGCAAGGAGCUCGUCACUGCUUUCCGCAACAUCACUGGUGUCGAGACCUCUCCCGUUACCGCUCUCAACCUCCUCCAGCUCGCCCCUGGUGGUCACCUCGGCCGCUUCAUCGUCUGGACCUCUGCUGCCUUCAAGGCCCUUGACGAGAUCUACGGUUCCACCACCGAGGCCUCUGCCCACAAGCGUGACUUCCUCCUCCCCUCCAACGUUGUCUCUCAGGCCGAUCUUACUCGUCUGAUCAACAGCUCUGAAAUCCAGAGCUCUCUCAACGCUCCCAAGGGCGAGGCUGUCACCCGCCGAUCUGCUGUCCAGAAGAAGAACCCUCUUAAGAACAAGCAGGUCAUGCUUCGCCUGAACCCUUACGCCUCCGUGUUUGCCCAGGAGGCUCAGAAGAAGCAGAACUAA